AAAUGAGGAGGUGACAAAUCCAUGCGAGAGUCGCCAGACAUUUGCGACAGAAUGGGUCGCAGUGAGGAGCUCAGUGACUUCCAGCGGGGGACCGUCGUUGGGUGUCACUUAUGCAAGAAGUCGAACCGUGAGAUUUCCGCUCUGUUAAACCUGCCUCGGUCCACCGUUAGCAAUGUCAUUUUGAAGUGGAAACGUGGUGGGAUAACGACGGCUCUGCCGCGGAGCGGCCGACCGCACAAGCUCAAAGAGGAGGACCGUCAAGUGCUGGAGAAAGUCGCGCUGGAAAACUGUUCGCCCUCGGUGGAAGCUCUUACUGCAGAGUUUCAGACCGCCUCCGGGGCCAACGUGAGCCCCAGGACUAUCCGCCGGGAGCUGCAUGAGAUGGGCUUCCGUGGCCGAGUGUCAGCCUACAACAAGCCUAAAGGAGGGGAGAAAGCAGAGAAGAAGCGGGCAGCUCCAAGCCAAGAUGAAGCCAAGGUGGACGUGUCUCGUCUGGACCUGCGUGUAGGACGUAUAAUCACAACUCUGCAGCCUCCAGAGACCGACGGUCUGUAUGUGGAGCAGGUUGAUGUUGGAGAGGCUUCUCCCAGGACGGUGGUCAGCGAGCUAGCUAAACACAUACCUUCGGACCGGAUAGAGAACCACAUGGCAGUCUUGUUGUGUAACCUGAAGCCAGCCAAGACGAGAGGAGUGGUGUCCCAGGCUAUGGUAAUGUGUGCUAGCUCACCAGACAAGGUUGAAAUCCUUGAACCACCAAGUGGAGCAGCACCAGGGGACAGAGUUACUUUCCAGGGCUUCCCAGGUGAACCGGACAAAGUGUUGGACCCAAAAAAGAAGGUGUGGGAGCAGAUUCAGCCAGACCUACGCACAGACAGCCAGUGUGUUGCAACCUACAAGGGAGCUGCCUUUGAAGUUGCUGGCAAGGGAGUGUGCAAAGCCCAAACCAUGAGCGACAGUGAAAUCAAAUAAACUAACAGGACUGCUCGAAAUGGCUCGGUGCAAAUUCCUGCAGCCAGAAUGUUGAGAUGAGCCUUUCAAGAAGAAUGGAGGCUGUUGUAGCAGCAUAUGAAUGCCCUUGCUUUUGGAAUGACAUGUCCAACAAUCAACAUGGUUGUUAUGUUUGAGGGUUCACAUACUUUUGUCCUGUAAGAGUGAAUAGUAUGUUUCCCUCUGUUGGAUGGACAUGGACAUUACUGUUACAAUUUUAUUAUGAAAAUCUGAAGUUCUGUAUUUGGUCAAAGGAGGGCACUUCAGUGCCCGUGAUGAUGUACAGUAUAUGUAUGAUGAGAUAGACGUAAAACAUACAGCACACAGUCAUAACCAGCAAGGUGAAAAGAAAAUGGAAGCUUUUCAAAUAAUCCCUUUUGGUUGGGGAAUAUUUAAUAAAAUAUCAAAUGUUUUCCCAUGAACCUACAGUUGUCAUUUCCAGUGAACAGUGGAUGAAACUCAGUAGUGCAGAAAUCCCUUUGACAAAGGGGAAACUGAACAGUUUUACUUUCUUAUGACUGUAUGAAAAUGAGUUGGAAAUGAGUAAGGGAAUUCCUUAAAAAAUAGUUAAUUUAAUUAAAUGUUCUUAAGUAACUGCAUAAGGUCAGUUCUUUGAGCUCCUUCAGUUUAAGUCUGAUGCUGACAAAUUAUGGAAAUGAGUGUGUUGUGCAUCAGCAUAAAUAGCCUGUGGGAAGUUUUAUUUGAAUGAUGUAUCUUACAUAUUGCAAUAUUUAGUCUGAGAUCUAGAUCAUUGUGUUUAUCUGUAGUUUUACCAGGAAUCAUAUGAAACUAAAAACUAACCGUUCUGAAUCAUGGAUUGAAUGUAAAUGCAGAUGUUUGUUACUUACAAUUUCUUCAACAAAGAUGUUUUUUUAUCCAUCCUGCUACUGCAGAUUGUUACUCUGUUCUUAAGAUAUUGUAACAGCUUAGCUAAACCUUAGAUUGUAUAUGUCCUGCUUCAUGUUACAUGUUUGUGUCUCAGCUUCCAUUCAUGAUAAGCCUAUUUAUCAUUUCAAGGGCAAAAAAAUAAACCAACAUGUCUUGGUUCUAAAA